UUUGUGUGCGUGGUUUUUAUUUUAUUUUUAAAAAGUGAGUUGGCAGGAAAACGCGAAACAGCCCCCUCCUGCCUCCGAAAUCCCUUUUGGACUCAUUAGCCAAUGGCCAUUUUCCUACUUCUGGAUUUGUGGAUGCUUUCCAUUUGGAAUUUGUUCCAGCUCGGGAAAAGGAUAUAAUUGCGUGGAUGGUCUAAAAGGUGUUGCUUGCUUAAGCCACAAGGAGGAGCCUGAAGCCAAACAUGGGAAGGCUUGAUUGAUCUCACGUGGAGCCUGGCACAAGAUCCCUCUCUUCUCCUCCUGUUAUGUCCAAGAUCUGCACUCUGCCUGGCGAUUGCUUUGAGUUCCAAAGGACCAGGGACCUAGGAUGAGGAGGAGCACUGGAUCUUCCUUGAACCUGCUUUUGUUAUUGCCACUUUUCUUUGUGUGGACCGUAGUCGCCCUCGACCUGGGGCAAUCUCCGUGCACCACCUUGGUCCAGGGCAAAUUCUUUGGGUAUUUCUCCUCUUUUGCUGUCUUCCCACUGAACUCUUCCCGUUGCUCUUGGAUUAUCCAGAACCCUGACCCCAGGAGGUACACCUUGUACAUGAAGGUCUUGAAGCCCACGGGCAUAUGCGACCGCCAGCAGAUACGCACCUACCAAUUUGACUCGUUCUUGGAGUCUACCCGGACGUACCUGGGCAUGGAGAGCUUUGACGACGUGUUGAACCUUUGUGACAGCUCCACCCGCUAUGCCUUCCUCCAGUCCAAUAAGCAGUUCCUCCAGAUGAAACAGACUGGGUCUCUGUUAGAAAGUGGCCAUGUCCGGUGGAAGCCGGCCAAGAUUCAGGAAAGAGAUUUCUCGGUGGAAUACCUGGUGGUCGGCAACAGGAGCCCGAGCAAAGCGGCCUGCCAGAUGCUAUGCAAAUGGCUGGAUACGUGCUUGACCACCAGCAGUAGUUUGCACCCUUGCGGCAUCAUGCAGACACCCUGCUCUUGCUCAAGCGGGGAGGUCCUGGACCAGCCCAGCGAGAUCCUUGGGCUUACCAAAAAGAAGGAUGACUGUUUUAAGGAUGGGAUUUACCUGGAGAACUGCAUGAGCAGCCCGAAGGACAGCAGCGGACUGGAUUUCUUGGGUGGAUGGAACCCAUGGUCGAUGUGGGGAGAAUGCACCCGAGACUGUGGGGGAGGCCUGCAGACCCGCACCCGCACCUGCCAGCCUCUUCCGGAUGACGGCCUCAUCUGUGAGGGAGUCUUAGAGGAAGGCAGACUGUGCAACAGGAAAGCGUGCAACCCCAACGGACACUACAAUUCCCGGAGUCAAUCCUUGAGAUCCACAGAUAACCGGAAGCGGGAUGAUACGGAUGAGCUACAACAGUAUGGGUAUCCUGCACCUCAAAUAGGUGAUCCAGCUGCUGAGGAGUGGUCCCCCUGGAGCGUGUGCUCAACCACCUGUGGGGAGGGUUGGCAGACUAGGACAAGAUUCUGCGUGUCGUAUUCCUACAGCACCCAAUGCAGUGGGCCCCUCCGGGAGCAACGGCAAUGCAACAAUUCUGCUGUCUGUCCAGUCCACGGAACGUGGGAUGAGUGGUCUCCUUGGAGCCUGUGCUCAUCAACUUGUGGGCGCGGCUACCGGGAUCGCACCCGGACAUGCAAACCCCCUCAGUUUGGUGGCAAUCCUUGUGAGGGACCUGAGAAGCAAACCAAGUUCUGCAAUAUUGCACUCUGCCCGGGCCACUCAGUGGACGGCAACUGGAAUGAGUGGUCGAGCUGGAGCUCCUGUUCUACCACCUGCUCCAACGGCACCCAGCAGCGGACCCGAGAGUGCAACGGACCGUCGUACGGGGGAGCCGAAUGCCAGGGCCAGUGGGUGGAGACCCGAGACUGCUUCCUUAGGCAGUGCCCAGUGGAUGGAAAGUGGCAAGUGUGGGGGCCAUGGGGGAGCUGUACUGCCACUUGUGGAGGCGGGACACAGAAACGUGACCGUGCGUGCUAUGGGCCUUUCUUUGGAGGAGAUGUGUGCCAAGGCCCCAAAGAGGAGUACAAGCAAUGCAAUGAAAAGAGGUGCCCAGAGCCCCAUGAAAUCUGUGAUGAAGAUAACUUUGCUUCUGUGAUUUGGAAAGAGACCCCUGCUGGAGAGGCAGCGGCUGUCCGGUGUCCCCGCAAUGCUACAGGGCUGAUCCUACGGCGGUGCUUGCUGGAUGAAGAGGGCAUUGCCUAUUGGAUGCUUCCAACGUACAUCAAGUGUGUUUCUAUUGACUACAGGAAUGUACAGAUGAUGACAAGGGAGCAUCUUUCGAAAGCCCAGCGGGGGCUGGUAGGAGAAGGGUUGUCGGACGUAUUGCAAAACUUAGUGGAGAUAUCUCAGGAUGGAACCAGCUAUAGUGGGGAUCUUCUAUCAACCUUUGAUGUACUCAGGAAUAUGACCGAGAUCUUCCGCAGGGCUUAUUACAGCCCCACUACAAAUGACAUACAGAAUUUUGUCCAGAUAAUUAGCAACGUAUUGAUGGAGGACAACCGAGACAAAUGGGAAGAGGCUCAGCUGAUGGGGCCAAAUGCCAAGGAACUCUUUAGGCUAGUGGAAGACUUCAUUGAUGUCAUUGGAUUUCGAAUGAAAGACUUCCAGGAUUCCUAUCAAAUGACUGAAAAUCUGGUUCUCAGCAUCCAGAAACUUCCUGCCAACACAGCCAAAGACAUUAGCUUCCCCAUGAAAGGCUGGCGGGGAAUGGUGGAUUGGGCCCGCAGUGCAGAGGACAAGGUCAUGGUGUCCAAAAGCAUUCUCUCCACUGGGAUUUCAGAGACGGACGACUCCACGGUCUUCGUGGUGGGGACGGUCCUGUACCGGAACCUGGGUGGGAUCCUCUCCCUUCAGAGGAAUACCACAGUGCUGAAUUCGAGAGUCAUCUCAGUGACGGUGAAACCAGCUCCCCAGUCGCUUCUCGCCCCAAUGGAGAUUGAGUUCUCGCACUUGUACAAUGGGACCACGAACCAGACCUGCAUCCACUGGGAUGAACCAGAUGUACCCUCCUCCUCCACCACCACCACCACCUCCUCCUCCUCCUCCUCCUCCUCCUUCUCCUCAUCUCAGCUUGGUGCCUGGUCCUGGCGUGGCUGCCGAACCGUCCCGGUCGAUCCUUUCCGAACUAAAUGCCUCUGUGACAGAAUCUCUACCUUCGCCAUCUUAGCCCAGCUCAGCGCUGAAAUGAAUACGGAAAAGGUGCUUGUCCCUUCGGUCACGUUAAUCGUUGGCUGUGGAGUGUCUUCCUUGACUCUCUUGCUCUUGAUAAUCAUUUACAUCUCAGUCUGGAGGUACAUCCGCUCAGAACGUUCUGUCAUCCUUAUCAACUUCUGCCUCUCCAUCAUAUCUUCCAACGCUCUCAUCCUGAUUGGGCAAACGCAGACGCGGAAUAAGGUGAUCUGCACUUUGGUGGCAGCCUUCCUGCACUUUUUCUUCCUCUCCUCCUUCUGUUGGGUGUUGACGGAAGCCUGGCAAUCAUACAUGGCCGUGACGGGCCGGCUACGGAACCGCAUCAUCCGUAAACGUUUCCUGUGUCUUGGAUGGGGCCUUCCUGCUUUGGUGGUUGCUAUAUCCGUGGGAUUCACUAAAGCCAAGGGGUACAGCACCCCGAACUAUUGCUGGCUUUCUUUGGAAGGAGGUCUGCUUUAUGCCUUCGUGGGACCAGCAGCGGCUGUUGUUUUGGUGAACAUGGUUAUUGGUAUUCUGGUGUUUAACAAACUUGUAUCCAAAGAUGGAAUAACAGAUAAGAAACUGAAGGAACGGGCAGGUCAGAUGGCAGUGCCCCUUUACGGCAUCACGCUCAAAUGUUCCAAGUGUGGAGUGGUUUCUUCCGCUGAAGUUUCGGCCACAGCCACCAGUAACGCCAUGGCAUCUCUUUGGAGUUCCUGUGUGGUCCUACCUCUCCUGGCUCUGACCUGGAUGUCAGCAGUGCUAGCUAUCACAGACCGUCGGUCAGCCCUCUUCCAGAUCCUCUUUGCGGUCUUCGACUCCUUGGAGGGCUUUGUCAUUGUGAUGGUCCAUUGCAUCCUGAGAAGAGAGGUGCAAGAUGCUGUUAAGUGUCGAGUGGUGGACCGCCAAGAAGAAGGAAAUGGAGAUUCCGGGGGGUCCUUUCAGAAUGGACAUGCUCAGCUAAUGACUGAUUUUGAGAAGGACGUGGAUAUGGCGUGUAGAUCAGGUGAGCACAUUACAGUGCUAAAUAAAGACAUCAGCACUUGCCGCACCAUGACCAUCACGGGGACUCUGAAGCGCCCAUCGCUGCAGGAUGAGGAGAAGCUGAAGCUGAACCACCAGAAGGGUUCAUUGAACUUUAACAGUCUUCCAGCCAAUGUCUCCAAGAUGCACCUCCAAGGCUCCCCGCACUACUUAGGGGCCAUCAACCUCAAUGACUUCAGCAACCACACCCUCACUUUGAAGAAGGACAAGAGCCAGCCUCCCAAAUCCAUCUACAUCUGUGACGGGGAUAUCUUCAAAAAGCUGGACACAGAGCUCUCCCGAGCCCAGGACCAAAACAUAGAUGCCAGCUAUGUUAUCUUGCCCACCAACACUUCCACUCUGCGGCCCAAGCCACCACCGCCACCGCCGCCACCCAAGGAUGAUACAAAAUACAGCAUCAACAUUGACCAGAUGCCACAAACAAGGCUCAUCCACCUCAGCAUGGCUACUGACCCUGGUUUUGUUGUCAAGAGCCCUCCAAGGGAGCCUGUGCUGAUGAGCUGUGGGGAGGUUCAGGCGUCCCCAAUGAUGCAGCAGCAACAACAUCAGCUGUCACCCCCACUGGUCAAUAAAGCCGGUGACUCACAGAUGCCAAACAGCUUGUGUGACCCAGGCGAGUCCAGUAACUCUGGGAUGGUGUCCAAGAGUGAGACAGUCUCCACCCUUUCCAUGAGCUCCCUUGAGAGACGGAAAUCCCGGUAUGCAGAACUAGAUUUUGAGAAAAUCAUGCACACGAGAAAACGUCACCAAGACAUGUUUCAGGAUUUGAAUCGGAAGCUGCAGCAUGCAGAGAAAGAGAAGGAGUCCCCGACAGCAGACAGCAAGGGUCUAAAACGAUGGAGUGUUUCUUCAGGCGGAAGUGAUAAAACUAAUGCUAGCCAAGAAAAACAGCAGACACCAAACAAGAGACCCUGGGAAGGGAUCCGGAAGGUCCAUUCACCACCAGCGUGGGUUAAAAAGGACAUGGAACCUGUUGCACCGUCUCCUUUGGAACUCAAAACUGUAGAGUGGGAAAAGGCAGGCGCCACAAUCCCCCUGGUGGGACAAGACAUUAUUGAUCUCCAGACAGAGGUCUGAGGAGGAAAAGAGAAGAGAAAAGAGACUCUUAGGAUGUCUUUUCCCCACUGGAAAAUACAAAACAGAUACAAAACACAAACAGAUAAGAUUUUUUUAAAAAAAGAAAAAGAACCCAUUACAUGGAAUCAAAAUGAAG